GAGUUUUUAUGUUAAUCAAAUCACUACAUAGAAGUUAGCUUAUUGUUAAUAUCAAAAUUAUCGCUAUAAAAUUAUCUUGUCAUUCUACUGUGGUUUUCUAUUGCUUUCACUAUAAACUCAUGAAAAGUUAACAUUGUGACACUGUGCCCAUCUCAUGGUUGUUGCUUAAUGACACUUGCCUUCCAAACGACUUAUAUUACGGAUUAGCACAAUUGGUAAACAGAUGUUAGCAAAAUUCAAUAAUUAUUAUUGUCAUGAUAUUUUUUGUACAUAUAUUAUUAUUAUUAUUUAAUAUGACAAAUAUAGUGUUUUGUAAUAUUGAAACUGAAAACAGAAUUGCUCGAGGUCUAAGAAUAACAGGAGGGCAAGAGGCGAGUAUCAGUAGUGCACCAUUUGUUGCUUCGUUACAGCGAACAAAGAAUAGUCUUGCAAUGCAUAUAUGCGGUGCCGUUAUAGUAUCGAAAUCUUUUUUAUUGACAGCAGCUCAUUGUAUUACAGAUCGUGACAAGACGAAAGGAGACAAACCAUAUAAACUAUCCAAUCCACAAGAACAUCUAGUUAGUACUGGAAGCAGAUAUGUAGAAAGAGGAAAAAUUAGAAUGGUAUAUAGAUUUUUCGUACACCCUGAAUUUAAUGCUAGGGAAUUAUUAAAUGACUUCGGUGCUAUUGCUGUAAUGAAAGACUUUUCUUACAAUUUUAAAACUCAACCUGCUACACUACCGAAAGGAGACGCCAGAGAAACUUCAGAACGGCUCAACGAACUUUUUCUAGCGAAAGUGGAAUGUAAAGCGUACAGCUGGGGAGGAACGAAUGCGAAAUCCUAUACCAUCCUCAAGGUAGUGUCUCUACACCUCAUCGAUUCGACCCGUUGUAAGAGGAUACUCUCGGAAAACCGUCUCGGAAGAUUAAACGAGGAUUUUCAAUUUUGUACUUUGGAAGAAUCCGAUUCCCCAAAUGACGCUUGUCAAAGUGACUCCGGAGGACCGUUGGUAUGCAAUGGUGUGGUGUGGGGCUUGGUCUCGUGGGGCGAAGGCUGUUAUCGAACCGGAAAUCCCGCGGUCUAUGCGAGGGCCGACGUUGCCAGUAGAUGGUUGAGAGAAGUCGUCUACGUCAGUCCUCUCGGCGGAAGAAGGAGGUCUAAUUCUCAUACUUGCCUAAUUUCCUCUACAAAAAAUAUCAUUUUGAUAAUACUGAUUUUAUUGUGUGCAUAAGUGACCACAACGAUAUUAAAUAAAACAUUAUUAAGUAAG